GGUAGGUUCGUUCUUCCGCAUUCACUAACUUUGACCACAGUAGCAGCAGGCGGUAGAGUUUAGCAGUUCGUAUCAAUCAUGCGUUUGUAGGGAAUUGCGUUGCAUUAUCCGUCUAAUAUGUAAGUGCUUUGAUGGGAGGGCCAGGAAAUCAAAGAAAGGCGCAUAUUGAGUCUGUGGCUUAGGAGGGCAGUCAUGGACUGCAAGGGAAGUAGUUGGCUGAAAAAAGAGAAUAAUGAAGUAUAUGCUGAACCAGGCUCCUUGGUACAGUUACACACAUCGACCAUGAAAGUAAAAGAAGAAUUGGAUGAGCAAGUGAACCAACAGUGUCUUGAAGAUAACUUUGGAACCCCUUGGCCAAAUGAUUUUAUCAAGGAGGAUCCUGAACUAAAUUUGGAGGUGGCGGCUUCAUUAAUAAAUGCAUCUGAUAGUUUAAGUUUAAUUCAAAGUGCUGGUGACAGCUGUGACAUUUCAUAUCAAGAAACAUUACAUCAAGGUGUAGUCGAUGACAAGCUGGAGAUAGAUGCAGAGAAGUCAACAGAUUUCAGUAUGUAUCAUAACUAUACCAAAAUAUGGACUUCACAAGACGACAGCUUAUGUGGCGUGAGAAUAUGUUCUAGUAGCAUCAGAGAAAAGGAAUUCCAUAAGUUUAACUGUAGUUUCUGCCUACAGAGUUUCCCUUCAAAAUACAGACUCAUAAUGCAUAUCUUCAUCCACGUUGAUGGUGUGCAGGCACCUGCAUAUGUGUGUAAGUCAUGUGGUGAGGUAUUUCUCACUGAUGACUGCCUGAAAGAACAUUUGAGAAUGAGUGAGGGUGACCAAGCAUUAUCUGCUGCCAACAGUGAGAAACCUGAAUGCAGUGAUGACCAUGAAAACAAUAUCUCAUUGGAGUGUGUACGACAAGGAAUUGUGGAACAGACUGAGAAGAAAUCUUCAUCCAAGGAAACCAGGAAAACUUUAAAGAAAUCCUUUAAUGACAUACAUAAUACAGGUAAUGUUACACAAGCUGCAGAGAAACUAGAAAGAUGUAAUGACUAUGGAAUUUUAUGUACAAGUGAUAAUGUUAAUGUGCACACUGUGCUAAAUGCAAAAAGAAAUCACAAAUGUGAUGUUUGUGGUAAAUUGUUUACUCUGUUACGUAAUCUUAAGAGACACAGCUUCAUACACUCAGCAGAGAGACCCCACAAAUGUGAUACUUGUGGCAAAUCUUUUAAUGUAUUGCGUAAUCUCAAGGCCCACGUCUUAAUACACACUGGUAAGAGACCCUACAAAUGUAAUGUUUGUGGAAAAACGUUUAUUUUUUCUGACCGUCUCAAGGCACACGAAUUAACACACACAGAAAAGAGACCCCACGAAUGCGAUGUUUGUGGAAAAUCGUUUACUCGGUCGGGCCAUCUAAAGAGGCACGUAUUAAUACACACUGGUAAGAGACCCUACAAAUGCACUGGUUGUGGAAAAUCGUUUAGUCAGUCUGGCAGUCUCAAGUUACAUGAAUUAAUACACAAAGGAAAGAAACCCCAUAAAUGCGAUGUUUGUGGAAAAUCGUUUACUCAGUCGGGCCAUCUGAAGAGGCAUUUCUUAAUACACGGUGGUAAGAGAUCCUGCAGAUGUACUGUUUGUGGAAAAUCGUUUAUUGAUUUGGGGCAUCUCAAGAAAAAUGAAUUAAUACACACAGGAAAGAGAUCUUGCAAAUGUAGUGUUUAUGGUAAAUCGUUUCCUUAAUGGGGCAGUCUCGAGAAACAAUAAUUAAUACACCCUGAAAAGUGACCCCACAAAUGCAAUGUUUGUGGCAAAUCGUUUUCAGAACUGGGUCAUCUAAAGCCAUAAUUAAUACAUGCAGGAAUGAGCCUCUACAAAUGUGGUACUUACGGAAAAUAUUUGUCUUACUCUGGUAAUCUCGAGGAACCUUGAGUACACAUAGGUGAAUAACCGUACAAAUGUGGUAUUUGUGGAUCAUUGUUUAAUCACUCGAGUAACCUCAAGAUACAGCUAUCACUACUUACUGAAAAAAGGCUACACAGAUGUGAUAUUUGUGGGAAAUCUUUUACUCCGGUCUAUCAUCUUAAGAAGAAUGCAAUAAUACAUGGAGACCACUGAAAGUACUGUUGUGGUCAGUACAUGUGUACAUGUAGGAAGAAGACAAUAAGUGUGUUAUGAACAUUGUUCACAUGUGGUACAGAGGGGUCACAGAUAAUAUGACAAAUCCAUUUUUCACAGCUUCACGUUGGAAGAAGUUGCAUACAAAAUAAAACGUAUGAAGUACAGAAUUGCAAUCCUUAUUGUAAAUGCUCCAUGCUCUAAUGAUCUGGCUACCAGAAAUAGGUGCAUUGAGAGAGAUCAUUUACUCAUAUGUGUAGAAGUUCCAUGCAGUAAUCAGGACCCAAUAUUCUUCAAGACAAUGUACCAGUAUGUUGCUAAAUAUUUCGAAGAAAUUGCUAUUUCAAUGUUCAUGAAGCUGUAUGCACUACCCAGGCGACAACAGAAAUAUUUUUCUUAAAUAGCCAUCACUCGGGCUAUUUAUCUCAAUAAUGGAGAAAGAUCCAAAAAUCUCAUGAUUACGUAAACAUGUUGCUGAGGUAUGCCUCCAUAAUAGUAAUGCUAUUUGUGUGAUCAAUUAUCUGCACACGUGUGAACUUUCUGUGUUAGUUCUCCAUUAGGAAAUAACUGAUGGUGGCAAGUAUGCAGAGAGAAGGCAAAAACUAUAAUUAUCUGCCUAGUAGCGUUUUGAUUCACCUAAAGAAUGCAACAGUGCUUCUGUAUGGUAUGGACUAAUUAAUUAUUUGUUUUCCAGCAGUAAAUUGGGCUUAAUGUGUACACAUCUCACACAGUCCCCAUUAAUUGUAGGCUAUCGGUUUGAUGCUGUGUAGUUUGUGUGCAAUAGCAUCCCAAAUUUGUUUCGUCAUGAUCUAAUGAUGUGAGCUGGGUGGGAAAGACAACAGUGUGAGCUAUCAUGCUGCUCGAACCAUUGCAGUGUGAUUCUGACAAAGUGAUUUGGACAGUUAUCCUGCUGUAAGAUGUCACUCUCAGGAAAUACAUCAAUCAUUAAGUGAUGCAGAGAUUGCAAUAAUGUUAAUGUUCUCAUCUGUCAUUGUGCUUUCAGUUAUGACCAGCUGUUUCUUGGCACCUCAUAUGAAUAUCCCCCCAUAGCAUAACAUUGCCUCCAUGUUCCUGCACCUGUCGUGUGGUGCAUGUAUUUAACAAUUGUUCAUCUGGAUGAUGGCAUAUCUGGGCAUGACCAUUGACCUGGUCCACUUACCCCAACGUGUGACACAUCUUUAUUGGUAUGCAGUCCAAUCUCAAUUAUCCCAUUUGUAUUGCUUUUGUAACUGACCAUGGUGUUAGAUCAACAUGGGAAUACAAAGCUGUUAUACAGGGUGAGUCACCAAACGUUGCCGCUGGAUAUAUUUCGUAAA